GCAUGUUUUGUUCUUUUACUUCAGAUUCCAACCUAUCUGUAAUGUGUGUAGUUCUUUCUAAAUAAAGAAACAAAAUGGCAGCUGAAAAUUUACCUACUGACGAUGACAUUGCCUCCAAGAAAAAUGAGGUUUACAAGUUAAAAUUUGAGUUAUUGGAGAAACAAUGUAACGAACUGCAAGCAAAGAACGAUCUAACUUCAUAUCAUUUGAUGCAGAUGCAAAAAAUAAACAAUCGACUUAUAAGAAAAAGGAAACUGCUGCUCCUUAAACUGGAUGCGCACAAGGAUAAUUACAGAAACGCUAAACUGAUAUUUAUUACUGAAGACAAAAAUGAUUCACCAAGUCAAAGUACAACAAUUAGCAAAACUAGAAAUUCAAAUGCAGAAACUAAUACAAGCUGAAACUUUAAAGAAAUUUGUUGUUUUAAAAUAAAAAUUCAAAGAGUUUAAGGCUGGCUUAAGCCGGCAUGCGACUUUUUUGUAUUUAUUUUUAUUAUCUUCUUUGACGCCACUUACAAUAGGCCUAAACAACGCUGUGAGGAAAUGCUAUUAGCCUAUGAGUCAUUUUUUUAAUGAUCAUAUUAUCAUUGUUAAUGCUCCUAUACAAAUUAAUAAAUCAUAAGAAUAGCUGUAUUUUGGUAUGAAAAAUGUCAAUACCUGUUUAUAUAACAAACAUUAUAUUUUCUCACUUCUUUAUAAGUUCUUUAUUACUACAUUUUUUACAUACAGAAAUGAUAAGCUUAUAUUAAGCUGAAUAUAUAUAUAGGUGUUUCUUGUUAGAGUUAUAUAGAGUUUAGUUUCAAGAUGAUUGAGCUUUCACCUGCCACUGCUUUGCUCACAGGCACCGUGUGCUACUGGGCAUAUUACUUAACACAUUAUGGAAAGAAACCAGAAUUACACCACAAGAAAGGGACAAAAUUUGACUCGUUUUUGGAGAACCACGUUCCCAAACUAAAGAUUCCAUAUUGGUCGUUCUUCUGGGUUCCUGGUGGAAAGUUGCAAACCAUCGUUGCUUCGUUACUGCCUGUUAAAUAUAACGUGGAGUAUACAAGAGAAGCCGUAAUGACAUCAGAUGGUGGUCAGUUUACACUUGCAUGGGCAAAUAAGGAAGAAGGAAAUCAACAUUCUCCUGUAGUUGUUAUACUUCCUGGUCUUGUAUCUACCAGUGAAACAGGUUACAUAAAGUGUAUUGUGGAUGCCGUAUUAAAGAAAGGACACAGAGCGGUUGUGGUGGUCAAUAGGGGCUUAGAACUACCUUGCCUGACUGGAAAAGCUUUCUGUGCGACACACACCAGUGACUUUGAACAAGCCAUGGAAAUAAUUAAACAGAGAAAUCCUAACAUACCAGUUAUGGCGAUUGGUGUUUCACUUGGAAGCUUGAUUCUUGGAAGAUAUCUUUCAAUAAAGCAAGAGAAAAGUCAACUACAAGCAGCUUUCUUGUAUUCAUGUCCAUUUGACACAGUACGUGGGUCAGCAAGCAUUGAAAAGUGGGACAACUGGCUUUUAUACAACAUUGUUCUCACUAAUAACCUAAAGCAAAUAUACAUCAGACACAAGGAAAAGUUUGAAGAUAUAGUUGAUCAUACAGAGGUAAUGGGGUCACGCAGCAUAAGAGAGGUGGACAUGCACUUUACAUCUAAGGUAUUUGGAUAUGAAUCGGUUGAUCAUUAUUACCAAGACAGUCGGCUUACUGCAAAACGUCUUCAGUCAAUUCAAAUACCUACAUUAUGUCUAUGUGCCAAUGAUGAUGCUUUCAUUCCUGAUAGUGCUCUUCCCCGCAAUGACGUUAAAGAAACGGAGUAUGUAGCUUUAGCUGUGACAAGUGGUGGCGGUCACGUGAGCCACCUUAGUGGCGCUAAUCCAUUUACAACCCCAUACUACAUUGAUGUCAUAAGUGAUUAUAUGACGGCUGUUUUUGAGCAUGGAACAGAUUUGCAUUGAGUAGAAAGUAAAACAGAAUGAGCAAUAUGUAUACUAGAAGCAUGGUGUUCUAUAACAUUUAUAAGUUCCUAUUCCAAUAUGUAUAUGUGUAUUUCACUGGUAUGUGUGCAGUAUUUCACAGUAUUCGGUAUUGUCAAUUUUUCAUGAGAUUAUUGUAAUAUUCAUAAUUUUCAUCUGAAUAAAAUGCUUUAAAA